CCACAGGUAACUAAACCAUGAAGCUCCUACUGAGCUUCUGUAGUUAGUCCACAGUUAGAGUUUAACAGCAGGUGAGUGAGCCGCGUGAUGUGUGCAGUCAGCCGGUGCAGGUGAGUCUCAGGUGUGACUGACUGCAGCCAUGUUGCUGCCUCUCCUGCUGCGGCCGCCCCUCUGCCUUCCUCAGGCCUCGGUGGUAUUAAUGCGAUGCGUCCGGACGCUUCACUGUGGCGCUCCAAGGGGGCUGCGCUCUCAGGCUAAGAACUUCCUGUGGCGGUGGCGUCCUCAGCGCCUCCAUGGUCGGGGGCGGAGCAGGAAGACCCAGAGCCAGGAGGAGGAGUGGAGGAACAGGAACAAGACUGCGCUGACCUACAUCGCCGCAGCUGGCGUGGGAAUGAUCGGCCUGGCAUACGCCGCAGUGCCGCUGUAUCGACUCUACUGCCAGGCAACAGGGCUCGGCGGCACGGCGGUGGCCGGACACGACACGGAGCAGGUGGCGACGAUGACGCCGGUGAAGGAGCGCGUCAUCAAGGUGACGUUCAACGCCGACACGCACGCCAGCAUGCAGUGGAACUUCAGGCCGCAGCAGACGGAGAUCUUCGUGGUUCCCGGGGAGACGGCGCUGGCGUUCUACAGAGCCAAGAACCCCACAGACAAACCGAUCAUCGGCAUCUCCACCUACAACGUGGUGCCCUUUGACGCCGGACAGUACUUCAACAAGAUCCAGUGUUUCUGCUUCGAGGAGCAGCGCCUGAACCCUCACGAGGAGGUGGACAUGCCCGUCUUCUUCUACAUCGACCCCGAGUUCGACAACGACCCGCGGAUGGCCCGAGUGGACACCAUCACGCUGUCCUACACCUUCUUCGAAGCCAAAGAGGGUCAGAAGCUUCCUCUGCCCGGAUACAGCUACAGCUGAGCGAGGGCUCCGCCUUUCUCCAAGGAAACGAAGAAAAAACUGUUCGGAUAAUCGAGACUCUUCACUCUGUCGGACGUCACAUUAAAAGUUUACGCUGAUCAUCAAACGUCCCGACGGAGGAGCGCUGUGCGCCGGAGGGUCGAAGCAUUUCCAGGAAGUUACAACAAGAAAAAAAUCCACGCUUUCAAAAACAAGAAUCACAGACGUAGGAGAAAAAUUAAUUGUACAUGAUAAUAAACAAAAAGAAAUAAAAAUAAAACAAAUGUAAAAAAUUUUUUUAAAAAAGUAUGAAAAAUUCUAAAAAAGAAAAACCAGAAGAGAUCAAAGAAAAUUAAAUUUAUGGAAAAAACUUUAAACCUGAAACAACAACAUGAAACUUACCUUCAUGUUUUCAUUAACAGAUGCUAAUCAUUAUUAUUAUGAUGAUAUUUAUUAAUUUAUUUCUUACUCUUUGUUUUCCUGGUUUCUGUCCCACCUCCUGUUGUUCCAAAGUUUCCUUUCAGCUCUUCAUCAGUUCUCGAACAUUUAAGGAACUUUUAUGGAACUUAAGAUAAAUAUCGAUGUCUGACUUAAACUUAUUAAUAUGUUUGAUUUUCUUUGAGGUUCAAACAUUUAAAUUUUUACUUUUAAAGCCUGGAGGAAAAACACAACAUGCACCGUGUGGAAGUGCAUGUACACAUAUACAGGUACACAUUGUGCCUGUAAGGAUAUAAAUAUUUAAUAAAUGUGGUUGGAAAUAAAGUCAAAUUAAAGAGAGCGUGGUGGUGAAUAUAUGCAGUACGUGUUUACUCAGAUACUGUUCUGUGUAUUCUAACAUGUUGUCCUGUUUUUACUUUCGUUAUUUAAAGAUGACUGAGAGUUUCACAGCUGAGUAUUCUUGCAGGAUGUUUCCUGUCAGUCGAAU